AUGAUAGCGAAAUUUAGCACAACGGCGGAGCCUGUGGUCUCGCACAGAGAACUCCAGACGACGUUCAACGGCAUCGUACACCCCCUCUCCACGUCAGAGGCGCCCGUUCACCAGUACCGCGGUCUCAAGUAUGCCAGCAUACAUGCCCGCUUCCGCCAGUCCCAGUUGUUCACUUCGUACCCUCCAGUAGUAGACGCCAGACACUAUGGCCCAAUAUGCCCUCAACAUAAUCACUCGGGCAUGGAAGCAGAGUUGUUCGGGGUAUCCGAAGAUGUAAUCCCCCAGCAGACAUUCAAGCAGAACGAAUUUGAGUGUCUGAACCUCAACAUCACUUGUCCUGGCGAUGCAACCCCGGACUCGCGCUUGCCAGUUAUGCUAUGGAUUCAUGGGGGCGGUCACCGUGGUUCAGGUUCGAGCUGGAUCUACGACGGUGGUGCCCUUGUCCAAAAGAGCAUGACGGCUGGUAAGCCCGUCAUCAUGGUCACAUUCAACUAUCGCCUCGGCUUGCUCGGCUUUGCAGCCAGUAACGCAUUGCGCGACGAUAACAAGGCUGCAGGUGACGAGGGAGUCGGCAACUACGGUCUUCGUGAUCAGCGCAGAGCUCUUGAAUGGGUGCAUCGAUUCAUUUCCGACUUCGGGGGUGACCCGUGGAACAUUACGCUUUUCGGCGCGUCCUCGGGUGCUGCUGACAUCCUGUGCCAUCUGCACUCUGCUGCAAACGAGAAGCAGCCCUUAUUCCAGCGGACGAUCAUCCAGAGCGCCAUCAUGGACUUGGAGAUCCCCAGCGUGAGUUCGGCGGGCUGGCAGCUGUCAAGAAUCAUGUGCGCGCUGCACGUACACUCCAUUGAUGAGUUGCGUGCAGUCGAGCCUGAGAAACUCGUCACUCUCGGCCAACACAUGAGAGCCACGAACGACGGCGUGUUCUUCCGCAAGCACUUCACGGGCUCGAUCGUCGCAGAUGAGCCGCCGGAACAUCACGCACAUCAUCACGCACAUCAUCACCGAUAUGAAAAUCAUCUCGACGAUUACUCGGGAUCCUCCUCGACCGAUACGGCCGUGCGGCAUUCUCACUGGACACAGAACCGUAGUCAUCUCCGACCUUCCUCCCGUUCCCGCUCCCGUACACGUCAUCCUCAUGAGCACGUCCACGCGAGCCACGGCCCGCGCCAGCCAAUGAUGAUCGGUGACUGCAGCGACGAGGCGCUGCUGUGGUCACUACCGGCUUCGAUGUGGAGUGCGACGGGUGUCGAGCGGCGUGUGCGUGCUGUGUGCCAGUCGCUCACGAAAGCGAACGCGCUACUCCGCGCGUACGACAUCCAUCCACACAUCCCUGCUGAUGAACUGCAUUCGCGCUUACUCGAACUCAUCAACGACACGCGGUUCGCCUGGCCGGCAGAGCGCAUCACAGCUGCGGCGCGGCACGAGCGUGGUGGGCACGGUGUGUGGCGGUAUGUCUUCGACCAGGAGGGUCCCGGGCGCGGUGUCCCGCAUCAUGCCGUCGACCUCGUCUACCUCUUCGACAACGUCCCCCAGCCGUCGUCGUCGUCGCCUGGGUCGUCUCAUUCGCAGCUACCCGCGGACUACAUGCCCGAGUCGUUCGACCUCGCGGACUCGGACGACGAAGGCGUGUUCAUGGGCGAGGCCGACAUGGACGCGGCAGAGUCGUCGUCGACGCUGUCGACGGACAGUGGCUUCGUGGACGACUGGGGUCUGCCGGUGGUCGACGAAUACACGUACGCGCGCGUGCGGGACGCGGUGCAAGCGCGGUGGAUCGCGUUUGCGCACGGCGAGGCGCCCUGGGCUGAGGACAAGGUGUAUGUGUUCGGGCCGGAAGGCGAAGUGGGCGAGCGGUCGAUGGCCAUCUUCGAGGGCCGGCGGCGGACGCAGGCGUGGCGAGAGGCCCUGGAGCCGCUCGGGAUGCAUCUGGCUCAAAAGGUCGGCGCGGAGCUCUGCAAUGGGCCGAGUCUGUCUUCGAAAACGCGUAUCUAAGCCCCGCGCCGAUGUUGCUGCUCACAUGCGAGUUGGUUGGUGAAAUGCAUUGCAUUCUUCUUUUCUAUUCACUAUACUGGGUUACUGGGGUUUCAUUGGGUCAAAAUCAUGGCGGCAAUUUUCGUGCGCAU